UAGGCUGGGGGACAGGGGCAGGGUGGGAGAGGACUAGGGAUCCAGAGCACUCCCAGCACCCCCAGGCAGGGGGCAUGGCUGCACCCAGGCCUUGACCUCAGCUGACCCUGAGAGCCCACAUGGGGCGUGGGGUCUAAUUUUAGCUCCAGCCGCAGGGCCCACAGCCCAGGAGUGCUUGCCAGUGGGCACAGGGGCAGCCAGGGCUACUGAGGGGCUGCUGAGGCAGGGGGAGGAUUGGGGAGGCCAGCCCCACUUCUGUCCAGCCCCGCACCCUGGCCAAGCCACCUCCUGUGAGAGCCCUGACGGGUCCCCCAUGGCCUGGCAGACUGCCCGCCUCUCCGCUGAGGCCAAGGUCAGGGGGUGCAGCCAGGAGGGCAGAAGGACGUGGCCUUGCAGUGUGGUCAGGGAUUGCAUCAGCCUGAGCAGUGCCCAGGGGCAGGGGGCCUUGCUGGGGGGGGCAAAGCCUGGCUUGUUUGUCCAAAGGCCAAGGAAGCAGAUUCCUGACUGCAAGAAGGCAAGGCCAGAAAGCCGGGUCCUCCCCGGCCUCCCGGUGCCUGGCUGGUGGUUGCGGUUUGACCUUACACAGGCAGCCUGUUCUCAAUGGGCCUCAGUCUUCCCAUCUGUACAAUGAAGGCACCGAACUAGAAGGCCGACUCCAGCUCCAGCGGCUCACCCUCAAGCCCCUGCUCCUCCUGCUUCCCCCAGCCCUGGCUGUGGGUGGCCACAUGCAGUCGUGGAGAAGAAAGGCCCUCUGGCUGGCACUGUUGGCCUCUUGGCUUCUCGUCCUCCUGAGAGUCUUCCCCCUUCUCCGCCUGGCAGUGCCUGCCAGACCUUGGGCAGGUGCCCCCCAAGGCUGGCCCCGCUGGCUGGAUGCAGAGCUCCUGCAGAGUUUCUCACGGGCUGGGGAGCUCCCAGAAGAUGACCCUCAACCUCCUCAUGCCCCCCGUGGUGGCGGCCACUGUGACUGGGGAGCUUGCUUUAAUGUCUCCAAGUGCAGGGGUGGUGGCCUCAAGGUAUUCGUGUCCCCCGUGGCUGGACCUAUCUCUGACACUCAGCGUGGGAUCCUGGCUUCCAUUGAGAGCUCCAGCUACCACUCAGUCAGCCCUGAUGAGGCCUGCCUCCUCCUCCUCCUCGGCCCCGAAGCCCCGGCUGGAGAGUGCAGCCCGGUGCCCCAGCAAUGGAAUGGGGGAAAGAACCAGCUGGUCCUCAGUCUCCACCCAGCCCUCUGCCCCCAGACCUUCCCACCGGGACAGGCGAUGGUAGCCAAGGCCAGCCCCGCGGUGGACACCUUCCGGCCUGGCUUUGAUGUGGCCCUGCCGCUUCUCCCUGAAGCCCACCCAUUGCGAGGUGGGGCACCUGGUCAGCUGCGACAGCACAGCCCCCACCCCGGGGUGCCCCUGCUAGCCCUGGCAGAGGAGAGGGGCGGGUGGCGCGUGGCAGGCGCUGACUCCCCUGCCUGCCCCUGGGACGGGCGCUGUGAGCAGAACCGUGGACCCGAGCAGACCCCCCUUGGGGCAACGCUACCCAAUGCCACCUUCUGCAUCAUCCCUGGCCACCGUCCGGAAGCCUUGCACUUCUUCCAAGCCCUGCAGGCUGGCUGCAUCCCUGUGCUGCUCAGCCCUCGGUGGGAGCUGCCGUUCUCCGAAGUCAUCGAUUGGACCAAGGCCGCCAUUGUAGCAGACAAGAGGCUCCCAUUUCAGGUCCUUGCUGCCCUCCAGGAGAUGCCCCCCACAAGGGUCCUUGCCCUGCGUCAGCAGACCCAGUUUCUGUGGGAUGCCUACUUCUCCUCAGUGGAGAAAGUCAUCCACACCACUCUGGAGAUCAUUCAGGACCGGAUCUUCGGAGCAUCUGCUCACCCUUCGCUACUGUGGAACAGCCCCCCAGGCGCCCUCCUGGCCCUGCCCACGUUUUCCACAAGCCCCUCAGACUUCCCAUUCUACCACCUACAACGGGGCUCUCGGCCUGUGGGCGGGUUCAGCGCCCUGAUCUGGGUGGGGGCCCCAGGCCAGCCCCCGCUGAAGCUCAUCCAGGCAGUGGCAGGCUCCCAGCACUGUGCCCAGAUCUUGGUUCUCUGGAGCAGUGAGAAGCCACUUCCACCCAGGUGGCCCAAGACAACAGUGCCCUUGACAGUCCUGGCCGGGCAGAGGAAGGGGGAAAUCGAAGUGCAGAGAGCUGCAGCGAGUUCCAGGUCCCAAUUCCAGGCAGCCAGGCUGCUUCCACUGCCCUGCCUUCUACACCACGUGUGCAGGGGCUCCGCACAGCAGGUCAGUGAUCGCUUCUUCCCGCACCGAGCCAUCAGCACUGAUGCCAUCCUCAGCCUCGAUGCACACAGCAGUCUUACCACAAGUGAGGUGGACUUUGCUUUUGGAGUGUGGCAGAGCUUCCCUGAGCGGAUGGUGGGCUUUCUGACGUGGAGUCACUUCUGGGAUGAGGCCCAGGGUGGCUGGGGCUACACGGCUGAGAGGGCCAACGAGUUCUCCAUGGUUCUCACAUCAGCUGCCUUCUACCACAGGUAUUAUCACACCCUCUUCACCCACUCCCUGCCCAAGGUUCUGAGAACCCUGGCAGAUGAAGCACCCACCUGUGUGGAUGUCCUGAUGAACUUCCUAGUAGCAGCUGUCACCAAGCUGCCCCCUAUCAAGGUGCCCUAUGGGAAGCAGCAUCCAGAGGCAAGGCCUCCACUGGUGAGGAUCCAGGCGCCUGGGGCCUCGGAACAGCAGCCGCCAGCCCAGGACUGCAUCAAUCAGAUGGCAGCGGAGUUUGGCUACAUGCCCCUGGUUUCCUCUCGCCUCCGUCUGGACCCAGUACUCUUCAAAGACCCCGUGUCCGUACUCCGCAAGAAGUAUCGCAGCCUGGAGAAACCCUAGGAGAGAGCGGCGGAGGCCCCAGGCCUGCUCCCAGGGGGCACUGCAUCUGCGGGGGUGGGGGUGGGGGUCGGCGGCCCCCAUCCGUGGCACAUCUGGAGAUCCAAUCAAGGCUGCCAAUUAGCCAACACGUCAGACCCCUAUUGCCCAAUCAGCCAUUGCGCCCCGAGGCGCGGGGGCCUCCCGCACCCUCCAGGCCGCUGCUGGGCAGGUCACAGGUGCAAAGCGCUUGCUCUGGCUGUGCCGCAGCCAUCGCUCACCCUUGGCGGGAGUGCCUCUCUCCGCUCCCCCGUGGGAGCUAAUACUUGUCUUUCAGAUCUUCGCCUCCUCCACGGGCUUGCCUGACCCCCAUCCCCGACCCGGAUCCUCUGCGCUUUCACAGUCGGGUGUUUCUCACUGUUCAUGCUGCUUUGCAAGGUACAUGGUCAGGCCCCAGGACUAGCCUGGAAGCCCCCGCGGCGGGUGGGGCAUGUCCUCUCCUCUCUGGCCUGGCAGGUGCUUCACCAAUAUUCGAUGAAUAGACGACACCAGCUGCGUACCUGGCCCUGUGCCGCGGUCGGGAAUGUGGACAGGUGCCGAGCGAGACCGAACUCUACCCCCCACCCCCGGGGUUCCUAGUCUGGCAGUGGCGCAGCUGCCCACAGAUGCCUGCAUUGGCAGGCGCGAUCUUCGCACAAAGAGGCGCCGAGAAGCCAGUUUCGGGGCUUCCUUCCCGGUCGGGCCGGGGAAUUGGGCCUGGGGCGGGAGAGGGUGCGAGCGCCAGCGCCGGCCUCGGUUCUGCACUACCAGCCGCGACCACUAGAGGUCAGCGCCGCACCGCGCUCCCUCCUCCCGGAAAGGGACUGGAGCUCUAAACGCCCCCCUUCGGUCAAGGGGUGACCGGGCAAGGGGAUGUCGUGUUGGUGGGGUGCAGCCUGAGGUCUGAAAAACCGACGGAGGAAUUUGAAAGAACAGCCCCACUCCUUUGGCCCACGUUCUCAAGACUAAGAAGCCAUUUCUAGGUGGGCUGGGUGGGAGAUGGGGUUGUCGGGGGUGCCCUGGCCGUGACAGUUGAGUGGGGGGAAGGGAUGCUGGGUUCUCCAGGGUUCAUCCACCUGGAACUGGAAUUAUCACUUCCGAAAUAAAGCGUGUGUCCUUGCCCCUCACGCUAGCUCGAGCUAUAAAUACCCCCACAGCAGCUGCACGGGGGAGGGGGAACUCAGGGCUCGCCUGGGAAUGGGGUGACUCGAGAGAGGUGGGGAUGAUGGGGCCAGUCCAGGUCCAGGGUGUCAGGUGUUUUCCUGCUUUGAUGGCCUCGAAGCUUUGGAAACUCUCGUGACUAGCUCACUCUGGCUGGUCAGAACAUGCUGUCCCCCAGGGCUUCUCUGAAGCCUCCCACCCCAUCCUCCAGCUUGACCUCUGGCCGCUGGGUGACUCAGGUCUCAGGUCCUUCCUGGAACCAGUCACAGCUGGGGUGCAGAAAGGACUCUCUUGGGAGUCAUGGGGCUACUUGAGAUGGAGGGGCUCCUGGGAGUUAGGAGGGAAGACAUUCUGGCCCCGGGUCAAGAACAGUUGGAGGUGGGUGAGGAAGCACACAGCUGUGGCCCAGGCAGCCUUCCCAGGACGGGGAGGGCUCUGAGUGCCAGGUCCAGCCAAGAGAGAGGCACCCUUCCCCUUCGCACUCAUGGCUUUGUCACCCAGACACCGAACUGCCUCAGCGGGCCCUUACCCGUGGAGGGCACUGCCAGCCCAAGGGCUCGCACUGGACCAACAUGCAGCCCAGAGGGUUUUCAGCUCCUGCUGUAGAGGGAGGCCUGGGUGACUGAGGCAGAAACCCUAGACCUGCUUCACAGUGGCUGUGUGACUUCAGACACUCAGCCUCUCUGAGCUUUGGUGUUCUCAUCUGGAAAAGUGGAGCACUGCAAUGAGUGUCUCUUGAGAGGGUGUAAGGAUCCAGGCUCCUGGGGCCUGCAGGGGAGAAGGGCACUUCCCCAGAGAUUGGGGUGGAAUAGAACACAGCUAGUGGCAGUCCCCUGCCUCGCACUCCCAAGCCACAUGACUUCCCACAGAUGUUGAGGGGCUGAAGAGCCCACUGACUUGGCUCACAGGUAAGCCUGGAUGAUGAUGCUGGAAAGGCGAGGUUAUUUCAUAGAUGGGAAGAGAGAGGUUCAUGGGGAA